ACGAGUCGCUACCGUGGCGUAUUCUGUCAUUGGUGUAGUCGGUACAGUUCGUUUUCCUGUGAUAUUUUACUGUGAAAUUCGCAAUUUGCAGGGUUUUUAAAAGAAUCGUUAAGUUUUUAACAAAAAAUGUCGACGUCAGGUGACUUUGGUAAUCCCUUGCGAAAAUUUAAAUUAGUUUUCUUAGGAGAACAAAGUGUUGGUAAAACAUCCCUAAUUACGAGGUUUAUGUAUGACAGCUUUGAUAACACCUACCAGGCGACUAUAGGAAUUGACUUCUUAUCAAAGACAAUGUACUUGGAGGACAGGACUGUGAGGUUGCAAUUGUGGGAUACAGCCGGACAGGAGCGCUUUAGAUCAUUAAUACCUUCCUACAUUCGUGAUUCAACCGUUGCUGUCGUAGUCUAUGACAUAACAAAUGCCAAUUCGUUUCAUCAAACAUCUAAAUGGAUCGAUGAUGUGAGAACGGAGAGAGGCAGCGAUGUGAUUAUAAUGCUUGUGGGCAAUAAAACAGAUCUUUCUGAUAAAAGACAAGUUAGCACGGAAGAAGGCGAACGAAAAGCGAAAGAACUAAAUGUCAUGUUUAUUGAAACUAGUGCGAAAGCUGGAUAUAAUGUUAAACAGUUGUUUAGACGUGUCGCCGCUGCGUUGCCUGGGAUGGACUCAACAGAAAACAAACCACCAGAAGACAUGCAAGAAGUUGUGUUAAAAGACACACCAAACGAAGUUAAAGAUCCAGACGGAGGCUGUGCAUGCUAAAUCAACUUUUUUACUUUGUGUAGACCCUACAAAUAUAAAUCGUGACAAAUUCGAGAAUUUCCACAAAACUUUGUAAAUAUUAACAGCUCAGUUGAGUUCGAGAAUUUGUCAUCUGUGUUAACUGUCAUCUUAAUAAAAGUAUUGCCUUAAUUAUUUAGGAACUAUCGUAAUAUAUUAUUUAUGUGUAAACUACAUAUUUAGAUAUUCUUUCGUUAUAAACAAGUUUUAUAUUAUCGAAUCAGUUUUUAACUUAGUUGAUUUAACACAUUUAGAAAAAAAAUCAAUCAAAAAGGACGCCGUUUAUUUGAACUAAAUUAUCGGAGAAUUCAAUAAAAACAUAUCACUUAAUAGUUUAAGCCAUUUGAUAAUCGGUUCAAAUAAAUGUUGACUGUGACCGUGCCUGAAUCACACCAACUCACCACUUUAUGUAAGUUUCAACCUGCAAUAUGAUAUCGUCGAUAUUAUGUAAGCUCAAUUUGUGAUGAUGAAAUUUAGGUGUUAGCACAUUCCUUUUUUUGCUGAUAAAAAAAAAACAUUUUUAGUGUCAUAACGCACAAUGAGAUUGGCCCAGCUUUAAACAUUAUCUUGGGACAGCUUGCAUGUUUAGUAUGCUGAUUGCUAAUUAGUUCCUUCUGUACAUAUUUGCCCAGCAAUAUUGGAUGUUUAUACUAUUUUUAAUAUAACAAGAUACUAAAAUGAUGUAUUAUUUUACUUGCAAGCUUUGGUACAAAGUGGUGCGAUUAAUUUUAGGUUUAUUGUAGUAAUUUAUUGACAUUGUUAGCAUUUAAUAAAGUUUUUCGUAAUGAUUUGUGCAUGUUGCAAGUUUGGGGAGGUUUUCCUUAACAAGGGCGCAGCGGUGGACUUACAAACACAACCUCAGCUUCAAAACGACCAACAUGACUCAGAAGGGGGCUGCAUGUGCUGAAAACCUAGAAUUAAUUGUUCGAAUUUAGUUUAAACUAACAACCAAAGUAGCCUCUGCCUAUGUUGACGUUGAAAAGCUAUAAGUGUGACAUUUAUUUGCGAUUGGCACUUUAUGUGUGGCAUGAAACAUCCACUGUUACAAUUAAUUGCAUUUUCAUGUAACGAGACUUAAACUGUGUAUGAGGUGACCUGUAAUUUUUCUAUUAAAAUCAUUUUGCUUAUUCAUUUGUUGUCGAUUUUUAAGCUCAACUCGUGUUAUUAUAUAUGGAAAUGUAAAAUCAAAUUAUAGCUUCGGCAUUGAUGAUGUAUCAUUGCACCUAAUAUUACAAUAAUUACAAAAGUCUGAUGUACAUAAACCCUCAUUUUCGGGAUGCUAUUGCAAAUUCCACAGCUAACAUUCUGUUUGUUACGUUGUUAUGUACUAUUCAGUUUUUAUCAAAAAAUAAAGUACAUUUUAAAAAC